UUGUACGUCUGCAUCUGAAGUGAAACCUUAAAAACGAAGCAAAAGCGAUAAAAGUAUGCAAUAAUAAUUAAGAUAUGUAUAGAGAUGACGGAGAAUAUCAACUUGCUUCGAGUUUUAAUUAACUGUGCAGAAAAAGCGGCAAAUAUUGCCCGCGUCUGUCGCUCCAAUGAAGAUUUAUUAGCGCUGCUCGUUCAGGAGAAAACUGGAGCAGAAGCCAACCAACGUUUCGAGCAUGAUUUUAAGACACUGGCUGAUGUGUUAAUCCAGGAAACUAUAAGGCAUGAGGUUGGCAAACUGUUUCCAGAGAUGCGUGAAUCAAUUCUUGGUGAAGAAUCGACACACUUCACCAAUAAACUUGGCCAGGAAAUAACAAUAGCUGUGGGCGACACAGCAGUGGAAACUGCUGCAGGAUUGGAGGCGGUACUCGAUGGCCAUAGGAAAGCAGCCGAAGCAUUGGCGGCCGAGGUGCAUCGGAGCGUCGACUACGAUACAACUCUGGAAAAUCUUCCGGAGCUACCUGAAACACUCGACUAUAGUAAUUUAGGCAUUUGGAUAGAUCCUAUUGAUGCCACUGCCGAAUACAUUUCCGGCGAUUCCAUAUUUACUGACUUCCCUGGCAUCACUUCCACAGGCCUGGACUGCGUUACCGUAUUAAUUGGCGUCUAUGAACGAGACAGCGGUGUGCCUGUAAUUGGCAUAGUCUCUCAGCCAUUUGGGCAUAAGUUAAAGGAAAACGUGUACAGUUCCUCCUUAAAUUGGGGAGUCUGCUUGCCCACUCUGAAGUGCCACAACUGCAAGUCAGACUCAAGCGAACGUCGAGCAAAUAGAAAAAUAGGAAUAUUCUCCACAUCGGAGCAGGCCGAGAUAUUACAGCAUUUUCUCGACCUAAAUUAUGAACUGGCCUUUUCAGCAGGAGCUGGCCACAAGGCGCUAAAAGUGAUCUCCAAUGAAGCGGACAUCUACCUGCUCAGCAAAGGUUCCACAUUCCGUUGGGAUACAUGCGGUCCCCAAGCGAUUCUUCGCGCACUUGGAGGCGAUGUGCUCGACUACGUUGCCAGCGUCAAUCAGCAGCAACCUGUGCCAAUAAACUACAUCGACAAAUCAGAAUCCGACGCGGAUUGGAAGUGUAACUCAAAUGGGUUGAUAGCCGUGCGAGAUUUAGCGAUCUUAAAUGAAAUCCUUAAGAAAUUUGCUGAGAACUGAGUGUUGUUACCAAUGUUUGUCCUCUUUGAUAUUGUUGUUGUAACUGAGCUGUUGAUGUUUGUACCUUACAAAAACUAAAACUCGAAUGCUUUUCAUUUAUCU